AUGCAUGCAAUUAAAUGUGUUGUUGUAGGAGACGGAGCAGUAGGAAAAACUUGUCUGUUGAUAAGCUAUACAACAAACGCAUUUCCUAGAGAAUAUAUACCCACAGUAUUUGAUAAUUAUAUGGCCAGUGUAAUGGUCGAUGGGAAACCGAUAAGUUUAGGACUUUGGGAUACAGCUGGACAAGAGGACUAUGAUAGAUUACGUCCUUUGUCUUAUCCUCAAACAGAUGUUUUUCUUAUUUGUUUUUCACUUGUCAGUCCUCCAUCUUUUGAAAAUGUACGAACCAAGUGGUAUACGGAAAUAUCUCAUCAUGCACCGAAUAUUCCAAUUAUUCUAGUUGGUACAAAGCUAGAUCUUCGCGAUAACCAUGUUAUUAUAGAAAAACUAAAAGACAGAAAAAUGGUACCUAUUACAUAUUUUCAAGGAGUACAAAUGGCAAAAGAAAUAGGUUCUGUUAAAUAUUUAGAAUGCUCUGCACUUACACAGAAGGGGUUAAAAAAUGUGUUUGAUGAAGCAAUUCGAGCUGUACUUAUGCCGUCAAUACAAAUUCAUAAAAAACGGAAAAAGUGUAAUAUUUUAUAG